AUGGACCUUCACAUCUUCCUUUUACUACUCACACUGUUCCUCGUCACCACCCGGUUCAUUCUCAAACGUCGUGUUACGAAAAAUCAACCCCCCGGUCCAACCGGCCUCCCCAUAAUCGGUAACCUCCACCAACUGGGCCCCAAGCCACACUGCGCACUCUCCACUAUGGCCCAAACCUACGGCCCAAUCAUGUCCCUCCGUCUAGGCUUGGUCAACGUUGCCGUAGCCUCUUCCCCAGCCGUGGCCCAAGAAAUCCUCCAAAGGAACGACCAAGCCUUCGCCAACCGCCCCAUCCCAGAAUCCGUGGCUGCCCAGCCCAACGUGGGCGACACCAUAGCCUGGGCCCCCGCCGACCCACGGUGGCGCAACCGCCGCCGCGUCUGCACCACUCGAAUCUUCACCGCCCAACGCCUGGACCUGCUACAACACCUCCGGCACCGCAAAGUGCAGGAACUGGUUCAUCACCUUCGCAAGCAAGCUUCGAAAGGAAAAAGCGUUGAAAUUGGAGAACUUGCAUUCGCGACGAUGUUGAACCUGAUUUCGAACACGGUGUUCUCGGAGGAUUUGGUGGACUCGGAGUUCAAGAGUGCAGGGGAGUUCAAGGAGCUGGUGUGGAGGAUCAUGGAGGAUGCCGGGAGGAUUAACCUCUCCGACUACUUUCCUUUGCUGAAGCCGAUGGACUUGCAGGGCGUGAGGCGACACGUGGCGGUUUCCUACGUGAGGUUGCAUAAGAUUUUCGACCACCUGAUUCGGCAACGUGUUGCGGAGAGACAGAGUACGCGUGCCGCCAAGGGGGAUUUCUUGGAUGUGCUGCUUGAUCAGUGUGAACAAGGGGAUCCAUCCGAUUUCACCGUCGAAACCAUCAAGCCGUUGAUUCUGGAUUUGUUCAUUGCGGGGAGUGACACUUCAGGAUCAACCUCAGAAUGGGCAAUGGCAGAGCUUCUACGGAACCCAAAAGUAAUGCAGAAAGCAAGAGAGGAACUGAUCCAAGUGAUUGGCUCCUCCAAUGUUGAAGUAACAGAAUCAGACAUCCCUAAACUUCCAUACAUCCAAGCAAUAGUGAAAGAAACCCUUCGCCUUCAUCCACCUGUACCCCUUCUCUUGCCCUAUGUAGCAGGGCACGAUGUUGAAGUAAGUGGGUACACCAUUCACAAAGGAAACCAAGUUCUGAUCAAUGCAUGGUCCAUUGGGAGGAACCCCCAGUUUUGGGAUGAACCAUUGUUGUUUCAGCCCGAAAGGUUUCUGAGGUCCAACAUAGAUUUCAAAGGCAGGGAUUUCGAGUAUUUGCCAUUUGGUGGUGGUAGGAGAAUUUGCCCUGGCUUGCCACUUGCGAAUCGAAUGAUUACUUUAAUGUUGGCUGUGUUUCUGCACUCUUUCGAGUGGGAGCUUCCUGAGGGUGUCACUUCUCAGACCCUUGACAUGAGUGAGCACUAUGGCAUAACGUUGAAGAAGCUUUCUCCACUAUCUGCGAUUCCCAUAUCAGUAUGA